CGUGACCAGCAACCUCGAGACUCUAUUGAUAAAACUACCGCUAUUGUAGUGCUUGUAGUUUAUGGACGUUAUAGACACUCAGGAUGCAUAGAAGUUAUCAAUCCAUCCUCCCUACCCACAAUAAACUUCUUCAAAAGAAGUGGGAUGAUACAUACUACAAUGAACAUCGAAGAAAGGUCAGAACAGCACAUUCCAUGGUGGAUACAAAGGCCCCACCAACAUACAUGCAUCUCCACUUGAAAUUGAAGAAAUUACAGCUAGAGGAGGAGAGACUGGCAACUAUUGAAAGGGACAACAGGAUCUUAUUAGAAAAGAUGUCCUAUGUAAUGAGGACACAAGGACGGGUAGACAAUAGAAAUAAUUAUGAAUAUAAAAGUUUAAAUCGUGAGAAGCGUCAACGUGAGUUGCUGCGUGUGACAAAGGAAAACCAGAAUAUCCUCUCAAGAAUCACAAGUCGGGAGCCUGAAUACAGUGUGCAGCGAUGGAACACGCAGUGGGAGGACAACCAGAAGUUCAUGGACAACAUUGCCCACUUCCCCAAAGACUGGUGGUUGGCACAGCGCCAGGACAAUGGAAGACAGAGAACAGGAGGACAAUCUCGAGACAAGACAACAGUUUCGAAGAGAGCAUCUUCCUCUCAAUCCAAAUCUGAAAAAACUAAGUCACCAGAGCCUAAAGUUCAGAAGAAGGAGGAAGACGAAAAAGAGCAACAGGAAACAAAGAGAGAGGUUGAGCAAGAGGAAGAAUAAAUCAAUCAAAUCACCUCAUUAAUUCUUCUGUCACUUAACAUUGGGACCCAGCUGGGGUUAAUUCUGACACAAAAAAUCACGCUUAUAUUGCAAAAUAUGUAAGUACUUACUAGGAAGGCAUUGUUUGUCAGUUAGACGUUUGUUUAACCGAUAGGUCUAGAAAGACUGAAACUUUUCCUGAAGGUAAACCUGGAUAAUAAGAAAGAUGGCAUGCCCUGUUCCGUGGGUCCCAAUUCAUUUAACUGCCACCUGUAUUCCUCAACGAUAGUGAUAUUCCUGAUCUUCAUCCCGUCCAGGAUCAGGACUGUUGUGUUAGGUACUGCUAUUGUCAGCAUGUGUGUAUUGAGGCAUGUUCGGAAUGUGUGCAGCUAUAAUGCAUCGUAUGCAUGAUGAUCAUUAACUUUUAGCACAUAAAUAGUUUGCUGGUUUGAACUGUCACCUAUUUCAAUAAAUUUGGAAACUAAAUAUAAGAAUGUAUAAAUGUUCUUAUAUUUGUUUUCACAUGCCUAAUAACUUUAAUAGUGUCAUUACUACAAUAUUUACACUAUAUUACUCUUUCACUUCACUGGCCUGACUUAUUCCGACAAACUUCCGUCACAUUUAUAAAUUAACUUUUAUUUGUAUUUAUGAUGUACUCAUAUAUGCACUUUAUGUGAAUUAGCUGCUUUAUUUUUAUGAAAUCACAAUGAGCUUGGAAAUUUUCACAAAUCUUUUACCUCAAAAAAUAUCAGUAUUCCUGUGAAAAUUGUAAUCUCGUGGCAUAUAUUAAUUCAGAGCAUGGUUGUUCAUUUAGUCAAUGUGCAAACCUGAUACGACCAAGGCCUAAAGACAAAAAAAUACAUAUCAGGCCUGAAGAUAUACAGUCUAAAUACGAGUGACAGUGUAGUAAUUGCACAAUAUAAAUCCUACAAUAUAACUAUCAAAUCUAUCUGACUGAAUCCCUGUUCUGAUUAUCGUACUAUAAUCAGAAAAAUCAAUACUUUUAUAUACCAUAUUGGAUUGUUACAUUGUUAGAUAAGUUAGAAGUUUGUUUUUGUUUGAUUGAAUUUCACUUGCAUUAAUUUUUUAUGGUGAAUUUUAAACUGAAAUUUUUAUUUUGAGUAAUUUUUCAAUAUUGACAAUUUUGGAUUAUAUGUGCCAGGUAAAUCGUUUUUAUAUAUGUACACAAUUAUUGUAACUAUUUAGUCUGAUUAUUUUGUCAAGCAAUAACGUUUAUAUCUGGUCACUAAGUGUCAUAAUGUUGAGUUUGAUGGUAAUGAAGUUUUUGUAUCAAACUGUCUUAUACGUAUAGACAGUAGAAAUUUGAAUUUCUUGUUAUGAUGCCGGGAUUCACUUCCUAAAUAACUUAUAGACCAGACAGUAAAACGCCAUUGAUUAAUCUUGGCGAAUUUUUGUUGUUUUUUCUCUCAAAAGUAACAAAACUUGAAAAUAUUAAAAAUACGACAUCAGAUAUGCCAAGCAUAAAUUUUUCCAUUUUCAAAUUAAAACUACUACAUUAUAACAGAUAUUAUCUUAGGUUGUAAGGUGAACAACACUUGAAAUAUUGUUGAAUAUAUAUAUAUACAUGUUAUUGCUCAUAGGAAAAGGGUAUCACUUGCAUAAUGACAGAUACUAAUCGAAGGGAGACAACUAAUGUAUCGCUUACUGUGAUAUUCUGUGUUUAGAAAGCUUUAACUGCUUCAGUAUACCCGGUUAUUAUGAUUUUGGUUUUGUUUAAAUGUAAUUUCAUUGUUUUGUGAUAAUGUAAUUCUUGUUAUGAACAUAUAUUGUUCUUGUGAUGUGUUGGAUCCCCCGAUUACUGUCAUACAGAAAGGGUUAGACAGAUCGGGCUAACUAGACAGGUUACUGACUAGACAAUGGUCAAUAUAUUAAUACAAAACUAGAAUUAUUAUAAUCUGACAGUCUGAAAUAGUUAGUUUCUAAUUUUUAUAGCACUUUUUUUACUUUUUUAUAACCAUUUUACUUGACAUUUUUACCUGUGAUGAUUGGGAGGGAUAUGAAGAUGUUUAAUUUAGUUCAUUCUUUAUAAGUAUAAACUGGUGAAACACAAUUAAAGGAACUCAUUAAGAUAAAAUUCCCUAAUGGCAGAUUUAUUGUUUCAAAAUUUUGCUGUCGGUGUGGUAAUUCAAUAUCAACAGACAAAAGGUUGAUUUCAUUAUAAGAAUGAUUUUAUAUCAAGUUUAUGUAGUUGACCAUUUCAUGACCAAAUAAGAAAUUUAAUAGGUUGUGAAUUUCUCAAAUCUUCUAACUUUCCAUUUUAUUUCUCAUUAGGUUCAUAAGAAACUUCUGACCAAUUUUAUUGAAUAUGCUAGAUGUGUGUAUUUUUUUUGCAUUUGAUAUAGGACAAACUUUUGAGUAGAGGCAAGUUAUUUGUUUCAAAUAUUAAUGCAUAUAAUUAUGUUGAUAAAUUGUAUAUAAGUAUAAUGAUACUUAUUAUAUAUAUCACCACAAUGACAGCUGUGAUUUACACAGUGUUAAAGAUCAUGUGUAUAAUUAUCGCUCUGUACUAAUACUUCAUACCUACCUGACUUAGUAACAGUUACCUCUCCAUAAAACCCCAUACAUGUAUAGAAAUCACUUUUCAAGCACGCCCAUCCAUUAUGCCAAGGGAUGGGCCAAUUAGAUAAAAAAUAAAAAAAAUAAGUAUCUUUUAAGAUGGAAUGACCGUAUGGUCAAAUACAUUAUUUUGUUCAGAAAUAUAAAAAAAAAUCUUUGAUUAACUAUAUAUCAUACAUUCAAAUGAACUUGCAGUAAGAAAAGAACCUUCAGAAUUCCAAAAUAGGAUUUCAGUUUUUGAAAGGACUGAAAAAGAAAUUCUUCAGUUCACCAUUCUGAAAACUAAAUCUAGUGUCAGCUUGGAUAAACAAUUUCAAGCUGGAAUUUUUGAAAGAGAUACACAAUAUCUUCCUGUUGUUUAAAUAUGGGAGUCUAUACAUUUAUAGUUUUCAAAAGGAGAAUAAUAUUAUACCCACAAUUGUAACUUGCUCAAGCACUCUUCAGUAUUGUGUUACUGUAUAUUAAAUCUGUAGAAGUUCUGUGAUAUGGAGUUGUCUUUCCUUGACAUAAUGUAUGUAAAUUGAAGUCCCUACAGUACGUAACUUCAUGUGCUUAUGUUUAGAUAUUUAUAUUAAUGCUGUAUAGAGCCGAGUACCUGGAGAAUAACAAUACAGAAAGUGUUUGUUGUAUGGUAUUAUAUAUACAGAGCAUAUAUAUAUGAAUUGUAUAUGACUCUCCUAUUAGUGUACAAACUUUUAAAGCAAUAAAAUUACAAAGUAAAAAAAAAU